GCGCCGUUGACAACGUUGCGCCCUCACCUGGGAAACGGAGAACUCUUGAUCAAAUAUGGCGAAGCUGAGCGAGCAUGGAAUUCGCCUCAGUGCGAUGAGCCCUACCUACUUACACACGAACUCGACCAGUCAUACCUGGCCUUUCAGCGCAGUCGCCGAACUGAUCGAUAAUGCCUGUGAUCCAGGAGUCUGUGCCAAACAAAUGUGGAUUGACGUGACUAAGAUUAAAAAUGAGCUGUGUCUGACCUUCACUGAUAAUGGGAAUGGAAUGACUCCAAUUAAACUACACAAAAUGCUAAGCUUUGGGUUCACGAAUAAAACAGGGAAUAAAAGCCACUUGCCAAUUGGAGUGUAUGGAAAUGGAUUUAAAUCCGGCUCUAUGAGGUUGGGAAAAGAUGCUCUUGUCUUCACCAAGAAUGGCGGAGCUUUAAGCGUGGGCUUCCUAUCGCAAACCUACCUGGAACAAAUUAAUGCCCAAGCGGUCAUUAUCCCUAUUGUGCCUUUCAACCAGCAGAAUAAGAACCUCAUAGUUACUGAAGACUCAGUGCCAAGUCUGGAGGCCAUCUUGAAAUAUUCCAUCUUCAAUACAGAGAAGGAACUGCUGGCAGAAUUUGAUACUAUCAUCAGCAAAAAAGGAACCCGGAUUAUUAUUUGGAAUAUCAGAAGAAACAAAGAUGAGAAACCUGAACUGGAUUUUGAAACAGACUCAUUAGACAUCCGGAUCCCAGAUAUCAAUUCUGAAGAUGGUGCAGGAAAAAAGAAGACUUACAGACGACCGGAGAGGGAGGAUCAGCACAUUCCUGAAAGUGACUACUCACUAAGGGCAUAUUGUAGCAUUUUGUACCUGAAACCUCGCAUGCAGAUCAUCCUGCGUAAGAAGAAAGUCAAAACACAACUUAUCACAAAGAGCCUGGCUCACAUUGAAUAUGAUGUUUACAGACCUAAUUUUAAUAAUAAGCGUGUUAAAAUAACCUUUGGUUUUAACUGUAAAAACAAAGAGCAGUAUGGAAUAAUGAUGUACAACAAAAAUCGGCUUAUUAAAUCUUAUGAGAAGGUUGGAUGCCAGAUAAAGUCAACCAGCAGAGGAUGUGGCGUUGGUGUAAUUGGAAUUAUUGAAUGCAAUUUUCUCAAGCCAGCACAUAAUAAACAAGAUUUUGAAUAUACUAAAGAAUACAGAUUGACAAUGCAAGCAUUGGGGCAGAAACUGAAUGAUUACUGGAAGGAAAAGAAAACUAAGAAAAGCCAGGAGGAAGCAGAUAGUACAGACAUGGUAGAAGAACCACGAACUGUCCCUGAUCAAGUUUGGGCUCAAUGUGAGACAUGCAUGAAAUGGCGGAAGUUACCACCAGAAAUUGACCCAGAUUCACUACCAGAAAACUGGUAUUGUAACAUGAAUCCUGACCCCAAGUUCAGGGACUGCUCUAUUCCUGAGGAACCUGAGCAAAGUGAUGAUGAGAUGACACCCAGUUAUGAAAAAGCAUCUAAAAAACACGAUCAAAGUCUGGAGAGAAAGAGGUGGAAGUCUUUGGAACAGGAGGAACGCAUGCAACAAUCCCAGUUGGCAUCUAUAACACAGAGAAAAGAUCAUUCUGAAACAGGAGAAAGUGAGGAGGAGAGAGAGGAAGAAGUCGGUUAUAGAACAAGAUCAUGCUCUGCCAGUCUCAGCACAGCAUCAGGAUGUUCAGACAAUAUGAAUGAAGAACGUGUUGUAUCAUCCAGCCUAGGACUGAACAGUAACAAGCGAAAACAGAGUCUGAAAAAUCAGAGCUGGAAUAAAAAGCGUUUCAAAGAAAGAGCAGAAGUAUUAGCCGUUCCAAGUAGUCCUGACGCAGCCCAAUCAAUGGAAUAUGGCACAGUGAAUUCUACAAUGGAAGGACAAAGCAACAGCAGCGAUGACGACCUCAUUAUCAUUGAUGAUGGAGCUACAGAAGGAUCCAAAGGCAGUAUUACUCAUCAAAACACCAAGCAGGAAGAAACAAAAACAGUGGAUUUCCCAAAUCUCAGUUGUAUCAAUAACGUGACUGAAGAGAAUAGUUUAAACAGUAAUGGACCAGUUUAUCAUGUUACUGCAGAAAAGGUACUUAUUUCUGAAGGUACGCAGACCAAUAAACUUGCUGUUAUAAAGAAAAUUGAGGCAGGUUCCAGUGGCACCUGGGAGCCCACUGAUUCCCAUUCUAUCAUGACAUCUCAAGAAAAUACUUUUACACAAAAAGCUAAUGAGAUUGAUCCAAAUGCAACAACAAAGUGUACUGCAGCCACCAUACACUUUUUGGAAAAACAACUGGAUCAAGCAAGGAACUUGCUAGAUGAGAGAACCACAGAGAGAGAUUGUUUCAGAAAAGAAAAUGAAGAACAGACCAUCACAAUAGAGCAAAUAACAAAACAACAGAUGGAGUACCAAGAAAAUGCUAUACAGCAAGUACAAGCUACAAUCAGAGCAAGUCUAAUGGAAACUGUAAAUGUUGUUGGACCUGAAAGCUGGAGCCUUGAGGAAAUAAAGGCAUAUUAUAAAAACAUAAUGCAAGAACGUGAUGACUUGGCCCAGCAGUUAGAAAAUGCAGAAAAGAAGAUGGAAAACUGUUCAUCAGAAAGUAAACAGUUGAAAGAACAACUUGGAAAAGUAGAGCAAGAAAGAGACCAGUUCAAGUUGGAAUAUGAGAAAAUGAAACACAAUUUGAAAGCUAGCACAAACAAAGGCGAUGAUUUUUACUGGACCAAAAAGUCAGCUGCUGCAUACAGAUACUCAGAGCUGGAGCUAAUGCGGUCAGAGGUUGAAAAAUUAAAGGGACAGAAGGUAGAGCUGGAGGAGAAAUUGGAAGAGGCCCUGAGGUGUAAUGCUUUAUGCAAAGAAGCAUGGGAUCCUUCCACUAGCCAAGAAGUUGCCCAAACCAACAGUGUACUGACCAAGUUGAAGUCAUUACGGGUAAAGGUUGGACAUCUGUUGGGCUCUGUUCUGCCACACUUGGACUUAAAGGACAUCAGUUACGAAACAGACAUAAUCGAUGAAAUUCUAGAAAAGGUGAUAGAAGCCAAUAAACUCUGAGCCAAAUCUUCCACUUUAUAACAUGCUAUGAAAGAGACAACCAACCUUUGAUGAAUGCAUUUUAGCAGCUCGUGUGUUAUUUUAAAAGAGUAUAUCCCAGAAAAAGAGAACGAGAGAUAGUGAUUUAAAGGAAGCAUUUGCACACCUCACAAGUUCUACUGCUAAAAAUAUCAACAAUUGUUUUGAUUAGCAUGCAUCUGAUCAAAAUGUCCACUUGUAAUGAAAUUU